GAACUAAAUGAAACACCCUGUUUGUCCAUGCAUGAACAUAACAAGCCCGAAUGUUUAUUAAACCAAAAUGAUCACAGAUUCACUGUUAAUAAAGAUAAUCUAACAAAUCCAGACAAUCUUAUAUUACUAAAUAACAGCAGCACAGAAACGAGUAAAACUCUAUUGUCUACAGAAUCGGAAGAAAUAAAUGAUACACCACGUUUGCCAAUGGUUGAACAUAACAGUCUUCCUAAACAAAGUAUUGUUCCUGAAAAUGAUCCUGCCAAUUGGAUAAAAAAUCAAGAAACGAUAGAUUAUUUAUCAAUCAAUGGAUUUAACCAAAAUUUAGAGAACAAUAAUUUCCAAAAGUCAAAAAGAAUUUACACUCAAAUAAUUGGUGGGGUAAGACGUACUCGUUUUCGAUAUAUGUCAAAAAGUAUAUUUAUAUCUACUCUUGUUAAUGGUGAAAAAAUUAACCGAACAUUUUUGAUUUACUCAGAAAGUAAAGGAUCAAUAUUUUGUGCUCCCUGCUAUUUAUUUGGUGGCACUACAUUGUUUGCCACAGUUGGUUUUUCAGAUUGGAAAAAAGGAGAAGAAAAAAUCAAGCGUCAUUAA